AUGGGUGAUCAAACGAAUGAUAAUGAUAAUCCAUCAGAAGUUAAAAAACAGAAAGUUGAGCCGGGAUUAGAUUAUGAUACACCGUUCAAAGUGUCAGUGCCAAGCUCUCACUUGCGCGAUUUGGAUUUGGUGAAGUGGUUGGACAAUAAACUUGGUGAUAAUAGUGAAUUAUGGAGUGGCCGGCAAGCAGCUUCGCUACUUUCACAUGAAAUGUUGGUAGAGCUGGAGACAUGUUUUCAAGCACUGGAAUCACAUGUUAAACUGAAAAUUGUAUUAGCUGUUCCGCAUUUGUCUUAUCGACUUAUUACAAUGUGGAAAGAACCACUAAUAAAUUUGUUAGACCUAGCUCGAAGAGAUGCCGAUGAUUGGAUUGAAACCAUUGCUGACAUGUACAGGGAAUACCCUAGUCGACAGUGUAUAACACCGAUACCUACCAAUAUGGAUUCAUAUUUUUGUAAAUCACUUGAUGAGUUGAGGAAAAUGGUUAGAAAACACUGCGCAAAUAACAAUUUGCGAUUGUUACCGCUUGAUUUAAAUGCUGUAUCGCAAAGUGCAAUCAAGACACGUUUUGGUUUAUCCGAAAUUGAAAAUUGGAAACAUUUCAACUUGAAGCGGCGCGCUAAAUCAUAUACACUAAAAGCCGAGCUGUUAAAGUCGGCAGAAGCUGGUUACAAUCGAAAUAAACUUGACGUGGUAUCAUCGAGUUUUCCGAUUCGCAUUCGGAGUACUGCUAGAAAACCAAAUAAUGAUUUACCAAUGCGUGGAAUCCCAACUACAAACACUUGUAAAUUAUCCGCCGGUUUUACGAAUGAACCCCGCAAAUUUCAAAGACAAUUAACGAGACGUGAAGGUGGUGCUAAAUUUAUUGAUAUUGGUGAUCUCCCGCAGUCAUUAAGUGUUCGUCGAAAAGAACAGGAAGCAGAAGAACGAGCAAGAAGACAUCAAGAGAGGGAGGAGCAGAGAAAGCGUGCACAGGCUGACAAGGUUGCAAAAGAAGCGAAACGAGCUGCAAUAGCUGCGGAGAAGGCUAAAGAAGCUACUGCUGUUGCGGCUGCAAUAGUGGACGAAGUUGUGGUAAAUAAAGCAAUUUCUUCUGCAGAUGAAAAUGAUCGGAAUUUCAUUUUUCAAGAAUAUAAUAUUCCUGUGAAUGAUGAAGGCAAUAGCUCCAGACAAGACAGCAGCCAGCCUUCAUCCUGCUACGGCGAUGUUCGUGAUUUACCAACAAUACAGGCGGAACAAAGUCCAGAUUCACACUCAUCUCCAACUGCAGUCCAAUUAUCUCGGCGUGAAUCCUUCGCACGUCGACAAUGUGAAGAAAUGUUAGCUUGUGCGAAUGUAUUGAAUGAGGAAGGUCAUCGCAUGGUCAUUGCUUUCAUGUCCGGCAACAAAGUUCAUCCGUACCCUCAUUUGGGUGAUAUUUUAACCUUGAAACUAUCAGAAACUUACGAAGAUGAACUUCGACCAGAUGGCACAGUACAGAAAAUGCGUGUAGAAACCUUCUUUCAGAUGGAUUAUCGAACAGGAGAAUGGAAGCGCCUGCGAAAAACACGUGCUUUACGCCCUGAAGAAAUGAGUACAUUCCAACAAAUGUUCAUUCAGUCAGCACAUACUCCAGCAGCAAGCUGA